AUGGCAUUGUUUUUAUUAACCGGUAGUAGUUCAUCAUUUUACAAACGCUUCUAUACAGUAGCGUUAAUCUCUUUUAUUCUUGUCUGCUUAUGUUCUUAUUGCUCGUCAUCACCAUUUGCUUCAUCUUAUAUCGAUGCUGAUCCAUUAUCUGAUGACUUGGAUGAAUUUGACAACAAUCAGGAAAUGAAAUAUUUUAAACCACUACAAUCAUUAUCAAAUCGUUACGUGAAUAUUCCUGAGCAAGAAUUAUUAGGAUCAAAAGCUCGUCUUUUUCGUAUUCUACUUAAAUCAUUAUUGCUUCAGCCUGAUUAUCGAUACAGCCGAUACAACGACAAACGUUAUGCAUCACAAUCAUUUCAUGCGAUGCGUGGUUGA